UCUAAUUAAAUCACAAAAGAGGUAAAUAAGAUUACCAAGACUUUUGGUUAUUAUAUUUGUAUUACUGUGUCUACGCUUUGACUCCACAUUAUUCAUAAUCUAUAAGAGAUAUGUUUAUUUAAUUUGCCGCGACGUCAUAGUAAAGCCUUCCGACAUUAUCUAUACCGUAAUUGAUAAUGGUGUGGUGGGUGGAUAAAUAUUCUCCAAGUCCGGAUAUUUGUAGAUCAGGGAGUCUAUGCUUUUACCAGUAUCAAGAUGCAAACGAAGAAGAUAGAGUGUUUCCUUCAACGAAUAUUAUUUUUAAUUUUUAUAAACGAAGGUAUAUCUCGCAUGAUUUAUACUCGCUUAUAAAGUCGGGUGUAAACAUAUUCAAUAUUGACCGAACAGAACACGAUGAAGAGUUUUUCAAAGAAACAUUUGCUACGAUACUCAAAGCUAAGAGAAUACCAGAGAUGUUUCGUUCAGAGUACGAGGUGCCUAUAACAAUUUCAGUUACGUUCUCAAUCAAUAAACCUAUACCUAUUGAAGACGGAGUGGAUGUAAUAAUUAUUAAACACGUGAAUAAUUUGAACCAAUAUCUGAAGCUAAAAAAAGAUCACGCAUGGUCUAAAAAAACGAUUCUGCUAUGGUUCAAUAAAUGGGAUGAUGAAGAUGUGGAACAAUUAAUCCAAUUUUCAGAUGGUGUCAUACUUGAUCAUCAGAGAAACAAUCUAGUCAGCGAAGAGUAUUGUGAUUGCGCUUUGAAAUUUUGUAAAAAAUAUUUCAAGCCAGUUUUCUAUGUCAAGCCAAAUAUUAUAGAAGAUUAUUACAAUUUGGUUGACAGAGAUAUAAGGAUAAUUAGUACUAUUCAUGAUGUAGUCAGGAACCAGGUUGAUGGUAUUGUUGUAACGGACAAUGAAAAUGUUCAAUUACCGCCUCGUGAUAUCAUUAGAUCUAUCGUUAGAGCUAUUAGUUUCGCUGAAAAGAAUAUAAAUUAUGAAGAUGACUAUUUAAAACUAUCAUUUAUGACAAAGAUACCAGCACUGAUAUCUAUAACCACAGCGUUAGCUGCAUGUCUAGCCGCUCUCAAGUGCGAAGCGAAAGUGAUAAUCGUCCUUACAAAAUCAGGCAUAUCGGCUAGAUGGUGCGCGUACGCAUCGCCUCCAUGCCCAAUUUUAGCUAUUACAACAAAGGAAGCGACAACGAGACGCCUACAUUUGUAUCGGAAAGUUAUACCGUUGUUUUAUAAUGCGCCUCGUGCAAGCUGGCAAGUGGAAUGGCAGAAUCGCGUACGUUUUGGCACAACUUUCUCUCUGAAAACUGGUUUGUUUAACCCUGGAGCCAAAUUCGUGGUACUGUCCGCGUCAGAAGAAAGCUAUUGUAAUGGGUUUCAAGUUCUUACAGCACCGUUUGAAUGAUAUUCUGGUGCAAAGAGAGAAGUUUAAUUUUCAUACGAACCAAUUUGGUUCUCUGCCAUUGAUUUAUGUAUUUGUUUCGAGAUAAUUAGUUUUUUCUUCUUUAGAUGAUAAUCCUUCUGUGCUUCACACUGCCGGAUUUUUGAGUCGUAGGCAUGCCGGUCUCCUCACGAUAUUUUCCUUCGCCAGAGAUGAAAUCUACAACCGUAGGGAUCGUGAACACUUAUAUGAAUAGUUAUACCCCAUAUUCGUAAAAACUUAAUUCUACUGCACUUUGUCAAGUGUUGUAUUUAAAGAUAUUCAGUCAAAGUGUGAACAGAAUUUACAAUAAAAACAAAUAAAUUCAAGAAACUUAAUUGUAUUGUACAAAGGUUUCAUAUUAUUUUAUUUAUUAUAUUAUUUGACUAUAUUUUCAUUCAAUUGGUAAUACAAAAAGAGAAUAGUCAUUUUCAUUAGUAACGAACUAAAUUGUAUAAUAAUCAGUGUAUAAUAAUAAGGAUUUUUAAAAAAAUAACUUUAUAGUGUUUACAAGUUUUUGGCAUUCCCACUAUCAAAAGCGAACAAUAAUAUGAAGGCUUCAAUGACUAAUAUUUCAGUAUACGUCAUCGACAUCAUUCAGGUCCAUCAAAAUUAUCGCCUAUGUGUUAUAAAAAUACUAAACAAAAACGCCAUUAUUUGUAAAGCCAAAGUAGCUUCCGCUAGUUAUUAUAUAAUUAAUUAGUGUCCUGAAACAUGUCUUGAUAAGCAUGUCUUUGUUCUGUGUGACAAAGCAGAGACGUCCGGCACUCCAGUGAAGUUUGGCAAGUGGCAUCAGAACUCCGAUGCUAGUACAUACUACGGCUACUAAUAUUUUUUUUAUAAUUAAAAUAUAGUUCUAAAGUCAAGGCUAAUCUGUAUAUCGAGUAACCAAAGGUAAUUAAGUAAAAUCGAAUAGUUUGAUUAUAAAUAAAUAAUUUAUUAAAAAUUCUAACUAAUGCGACAAUAUGCCGAUGACAGUAUGAAAAAUAUGUUGUUAAGGUGAGUUAUCUGUAUAAAACGGAGUCUUUAAAAAAAAAACUAAAUGAUAAUUAAUUUAUCAAAAAACUUUUUUUGUAGAACAGGGGACAAACGAGCAGGAGCUUCGGCUGAUAUUAAGUGAUACCUUUGGACACUCAGUGCCAGAGGGCUCGCGAGUGCGUUUCCGGCCUUUAAAACAAAAAGAAAUGCAAGGGACAAAAUGUAGUCAAUACGACGAUUAUAUAUCUUUUAAAUAAUGUCUUCUCCUGUCUAAUGCUAAUAUUGUCUUUUAGUUAGAGUUUAUUUCGUCAGAUGUCUAUUUUCUAGAAAUUUAUUAUUAUAUUAAAAUUGCGAGUUAUUUUUAA